AUGCGACGGCGGCAUACUGAACUUGGCUCGCGCCUUUCCCGACCAGGUGAUGUCUGCACGCGCAUCAUCGCUUCGGGAACUAUCAGUGCGCUCGACUGCGACGAGACGCCACCAGAACUGCUGAUCGAGUUCGUCUGUGCUUCGUGUUACGAUCGAUAUCGACGAUGCACGGACUGCGGGAGUCGAUUCAGUCCGCGCGUCGGCACGGGGAAGUGGCGCCUCAAGGAGCUUUUCGCCGACGGCAAAAGGUCGUGCUCGCUACCCCACCGGCCGCUCGUGCUCGAGGAUACGACCUGCGAUACAUGGUGCGUGAGCGACCUAUCCCAUGGCACCAAAUAAAUCGCAGCUUUCUUGCACGAAGCUCAUAAGGGGCUUGUGACUUCGUUCAUGGCCGUCGGCGCGAUCCCCGACACGAUGGAGUCCGAUUCUCCACUGCGCGUCGACUUUCGAACCGCUGCGAUGGUCAGUAACGACGUCAAUAGUGUCUUGACAAGCUUGGUGACACAGGUGUGUGAAUCUGAACGGUUGGCUAGAAAGCGAGCUCGAUCGCUGACGAGUAUGUACUUUCGGUUCUGCACACCAGGACAUCGAAGCGGAGCUCGGCAUCCGUGAGGCUUUCGCAUGUGCUAUUUACGCGGUCUGAUUCCCCGCUGAACUCGCUCUACGCCAAUCAUUCUCGCAGGGCGAUACAUAGGGAUCAGAUGGCAUAACCCCGGCAAGCAGGAACGCGGUAGAUCGUUCGUUCUGCAAUCCCAAGACCCGGACGUGAUCGCUCGGGAGCGGCCGCAAUGCCUGAUGAGAGAUGGCUAUACAUUGCACAGCUAUAUCUUUGCCGAAUUAGAUGUGAGUUGUCUUAAGUGAGAACGACGUUCGAAGAAGAGUUGUAUAGGUCAGGUACCAACUCAUUGAUGGCUUUGUAUCCUGUGUCCCAGCUUACCCACGGCACCGCAGGGAUUCAUGCCACGGUGCCCCGAGGAGUGAGAUCAUCCCCAUUGGAAUGUCAGCUCACCUAUGAGAGUCAGGACGCUGACCCAAUUACCUGUACUGUACUGAACAGAUCGGGCAUAGCUAUUUCGCUCGUACGUCCCGAACUGGUGAGUUACUUUGAUUAGAUACGAAUUGCUCACCGCCACCCUCUACCGAUGCACUUGCAUAGAAUCUCUCCUUGCCCAAGCGCUCCUGGUGCGAAUGCGUACCGACCUCCUCGUAACGAACACCACACGCCUCGCACAACGGUUGAAUCCAUUCCCCAAGAUCCAUGCGGUGUGGAGCUUCAUGUAA